CUCUUCCCUGUAACAGAUCCGAGGCAAGAGCUAUAGCUGUUGUUUUAGGGUUUACGGAUCAGGCCAAGCUGGGAUUUCUCUUCUAAUGGCGUCAAUUCCAACUCCUCCUCAUACUGAUGAUAACCCGUCUGACGUGAGUAGUCCACACAUAGAUAUCCACCAAGAUCUCUUUCCGGAUUACUAUGGUGGAACAGCUUCUGCUCCAUCUGCACCAAAAGAUGAAUUUCUGGGAAAUGAUAUCGAUAAUGGAAGUGACAAAGAUAUUCCGGGGAAUGAUGUUGAUAAUGGAAGUAACAAAGACGAAUUUCCGGUAACUGAUAUCCAAAAUGGAAGUAACGAUUGUCCUCCUGUAAUUGAAGAGAAUAUUUUCCCUGCAUCUGCACCACUUCCACUUGAUAAUAUCCCUGAACCAGCACCAGUUCCACCUGGCAGUAGCGGGGAAGGUUUACCUUAUGCUCCUGCACAUUGGCCGAAUGCUGGCGAUAUUUGGACCUGGAGAGUGGGUAAGAGAGUGAGUGCUUCUGGCUUCUUCAACGAUAGAUUUCUCAGUGUUCCAGAAAGCCUUAAAAAGGCAAAUGUUCCAAAAGUCUUUACAAGCAAGCCGGUGCUUGAACGUUUUAUCCGAUCAAAUUUCCCGGAUGCAGAUAUUGACGCGUUCUUUGCUUCAUUUGUUUGGAAGAUCCCUGCCAUUGUGGAACCUUCUACCAAAGCUCCCACACCUUCUGUACCAGCACAAGGAAUGGUAGAUGAUAAAAAACAAAUUAACAAAAUGACUCCCCAUGCAACCGAAAGGAAGAGGGCUCCCCACACUUCCCCGUUAAGUACUCAGAGUUCCAGCGACGGUAAAAAGAUGCAGAAGACAACUAAAGGAUUUGCGGGACCUAAGCAACAGACUCACCAGCAACUUAAAGAUUCCGCCCCACUCCCAUCCGAAAUUCAAGAUACAAAUGACGGUCUUGACGUGUCUUUCUUAGACAAUGAAAUGGGAAGAGCGGAGUUUGACAACUACCUCAAUUCUUUGGACGAGAUUCUUGUUCAACCUUGGUUUCAAGAACCAUUUUACCACCCGGCAACAAUGCACAACUUCUUUGCAGCAGAAGCCGAAAUGGCUGAAGCUCGAAGGAAACUAUCGUCGUUUCUUAAUAUGGAUUUUCCUUCACUGAUUUGCUUCAAAGAUGUUGACGAACUCGCAAGUCUUGCGUCCAAACUCCAGAAAGAUCCUACCCUUACUGCUGAACAACUCGUAAAGCUGAAGUUAAUAGAAGAGAUUCCAACAUUCUGCAUCGUGUUCCUCGAGAAUAGGGAAGUAAUGGAGCAGGCAGACCAGUUCUUUAGAACCCUUAAGGAAAACAAGGCCAAGGUUGCCUCACUGAAACAAGAAUAUUGUGAGAUAAAACAAGUAGUAACAAAUCUGCAGUCAGAGGUAGAUUCCACCACGAUGGCCGUGCAAAACAUCGAUGAUCAGAUAGCACAACUUGAAGCUCGUCGUGCCGAGGUCACAAAGAUGAUAGAUAAGAAGAAGAGAGACAAGGAUGAAUUGAUUCACAACCAAAAGUUGGUGGCAAAUUCGAUCCCAAAGUUGUACAUGAAGUUCAGCUCGCGAACGCCAGAAAACCAGAAUGGGAGCUAA